UUGAAAUUGUACAAUUUAAAAUUUGUAUAGUUCAAUUUUAUACGCGUUAAGUGAUUGUUGGAAUAUUAUUGACAUAAGGAUGGUUGUUCCAGCAUUUUGCUCAAUAUUUUUUGCAACAUAUGAUUGGGUUUCUGAUUCAAAAAAAGAACACAGCACGUCUUCGAAUUAUCAUAUAUUUCCGACAAUAACUAUUCUGAUUUUAUCAUUAAUAGUUGGUAAAUAUAUAGAGUAUCGAUGGAAAAAUCGUCGUUUUUUCAAAUUGGCUGCAAAGUUUAAUGGUCCAGAUCCGUUACCAUUCAUCGGAAAUGCACAUAUGUUCUCAGGAACAUCCGAAGUUGUAUUUAAGCAAAUCCUUUAUCACUUUUAUAAUUAUAACGAUAAAGGACCAUCACGAUUCUGGCUGGGUAAUCAAUUAUAUGUGGUAAUUACAAAACCCCAGCACAUGAAAGCUGUGUUAACAAACUCAAAUGCUUUACAAAAAUCAUACGUUUAUAGUUUUAUUAAUACAUGGUUGGGUACAGGUUUAUUUUCGGCACCAGUGACGAUUUGGAAACAUCAUAGGAAAAUUAUAAUGCCUUCUUUUAAUCAAAAAAUAUUGGAUACGUUUAUAAGUAUAUUUCAAGAACGAAGUAAUGUUUUGGCAAAAAAAUUGGAAUGUGAAACAGGCUAUUUUGAUAUUUUUCCAUACGUAAGUCGAUGUACAUUGGAUAGUAUUUGCGAAAGUGCCUUGGGUAUUACAGUUAACAGCCUCGAAGAUAGUAACGAGAAAUACGUGGAAUGUGCAACAAGAGUUUUAGAUAUUGUUAAUACCAGAAUGUUAAAAGUAUGGUUACAUCCUGAUUUCAUAUUUAAGAGAACAAAGCUUUAUCGAGAACUACAAUUUCAUAUACAGUAUUUACACAACUUUACUGAUAGUAUUAUUAAACAAAAACGAGCUGAAUUCAAAGAAAUACAAGAAUCAAAUAAAUUUUCCCCAACUGACCAGAACAAUGAUGAACCAAUAUUUAAACGAAAAGCUUUCAUUCAAUUAUUGAUGGAGACCUCAGAUUUCACGGAUGAAGAAAUUCGUAAUGAAGUUGAUACAAUGACAGUAGCGGGAAAUGAUACGACAGCAACCGUGAAUAGUUUUACCCUAUUGCUGUUAGCAAUGUAUCCAGAUAUUCAGGAAAAAUUAUAUAACGAAGUUUACAGUAUAGUUGGUGAUAGCGAUAAGACAAUUGAAUUAGAAGACUUACCAAAAUUAAAAUAUACAGAAAUGGUAAUUAAAGAAAGUAUGAGAUUAUUUCCAAUAGGACCAAUUCUCGGUCGAGAUGCACUAGAAGACAUUCAAUUAGAUGAAAAUUAUACUAUACCAAAAGGAAGUGGAAUUGCUUUAGGAAUAUAUUAUACACACCGAGAUCCAGAAUAUUGGACCGAACCAGAUGUUUUUGAUCCAGAAAGAUUUCAACCGGAAGAAUUAAAAUCACGUGAUCCAUAUAGUUAUUUGCCAUUUAGUGGAGGACCACGAAAUUGUUUGGGUAUUAAAUAUGCUUACAUGGCAAUGAAAAUUCUCAUAGCAACAGUGAUCAGACAUUAUAAAUUAAGUACAGAUUUAAAUUUAGAUGACUUGAUAUUAAAAACCGAAUUGACGCUAAAAUUAUCAAAUGCCUUUCUUUUAAGAAUACAAAAACGUCAAACGAUGUCUCAGUGA